GCUGGCGGCCGCCGUGUGCACGAAGGCGGGCAAGGCCAUCGUCUCGCGGCAGUUCGUGGAGAUGACGCGGACGCGCAUCGAGGGGCUCCUGGCCGCCUUCCCCAAGCUGAUGAACACGGGCAAGCAGCACACCUUCGUGGAGACGGAGAGCGUCCGCUACGUCUACCAGCCCAUGGAGAAGCUCUACAUGGUCCUCAUCACCACCAAGAACAGCAACAUCCUCGAGGACCUCGAGACCCUCCGCCUCUUCUCACGGGUGAUACCUGAAUACUGCAGAGCAUUGGAAGAGAAUGAGAUUUCUGAUCACUGCUUUGAUCUAAUCUUUGCCUUUGAUGAGAUAGUUGCCCUCGGGUACCGGGAGAACGUCAACCUGGCCCAGAUCCGCACCUUCACAGAGAUGGAUUCGCACGAGGAGAAGGUCUUCAGAGCUGUCCGUGAGACACAAGAACGUGAGGCUAAGGCUGAAAUGCGUCGAAAAGCCAAGGAGUUGCAACAGGCACGCAGGGAUGCCGAGCGACGGGGCACGAAAGCGCCUGGCUUCGGUGGCUUUGGGAGUACAGCUCUGUCAGGAGGCACCACGGCUGCCAUGAUCACAGACACCAUAGUUGAGACAGAGAAACCAAAAGUGACUCCUACACCAACCAGGCCGUCUGGAUCAAACAAGGCACUCAAGCUGGGCGCCAAAGGGAAAGAAGUUGAUAACUUUGUGGACAAGUUAAAAUCAGAAGGAGAAAACAUAAUAACCUCUUCAGUAGGCAAGCGAUCCUCUGAAGCAGCCACAGUGUUUGCUCCGCCCGUAAAUACGGAGAGUGUGCACAUGAAAAUCGAGGAGAAAAUCUCACUGACUUGUGGCCGUGAUGGGGGACUGCAGAACAUGGAGCUACACGGCAUGAUUAUGCUGCGGAUCCAGGAUGAAAAGUUUGCCCGCAUUCGGAUCCAUGUGGAGAAUGAGGACAAGAAGGGUGUGCAGCUGCAGACUCACCCCAAUGUUGACAAGAAGCUUUUUACUACCGAGUCCUUGAUUGGCUUGAAGAACCCUGAGAAGUGGCGGCUGCAGACCACGGAAGAGUCCUUCAUUCCGUUGACGAUUAACUGCUGGCCGUCUGAGAGCGGCAGUGGCUGCGAUGUCAACAUCGAGUAUGAGCUGCAGGAGGACAGCCUGGAGCUGAACGACGUGGUGAUCGCGAUUCCUUUGCCGUCGGGCGUGGGCACGCCAGUGAUCAGAGAAAUCGACGGCGAGUAUCGCCACGAUAGCCGGAGGAACCUCCUCGAGUGGUGUCUGCCUGUGAUUGAUGCCAAAAACAAGAGCGGCAGCCUGGAGUUCAGCAUCGCUGGGCAGCCCAACGACUUCUUCCCUGUGCGCCUCUCCUUCCUCUCCAAGAAGAACUACUGCAGCAUCCAGGUUACCAAAGUGACCCAGGUAGAUGGGAACACCCCCGUGAGGUUCUCCACCGAGACCACCUUCCUCGUGGACAAGUACGAGAUCCUGUAGCCUUCUCUACAACGAAGCGGCACGGAAGACUUUGAGGCUGGGGCUUCUGGGAAUGGGCCGCAGCUCUUUCCGUGGCCGGGGACUCUUGACAUGUUAGUUUUCCCGCUUACAUUUUCAAAGUCAGAGCCAGGGAGGGAGGGAGGGAGAGGCUGCUUGCUUCUCUGGCAUCGCCCCCUUCGCCCUGGGCCUUGGCACACUCCUCCCCGUGGCAGGUCUCUUCCCCCAUCCACUCCUUGGCAUCUCUUGUGCUGCUCGGGGGGAAGAGAGAGAGUGGCUGUCCCACCCCAUCCCGGACCUGUGGCCAAGCUCUGAGACGGCAGUGAGGCAGAGCACCGCGACUGGCUGCUGCCGUUUUCUUCCCUUGCGCAGCUGAGCCCUUGCCAGGGAAUCGGGGGCGGGGGGGGGAGAGCAGCAGCAUAGGCAGCUCUGUUCCUGUUCUGGGCUUUGGCUUGAAGACUCUUCCGUGGCUCUGGGGAAGCUGCCUCCUGUUGAACGGAGCAAAAUGCAAUCUGAACUGCCGGGGCGGGGGGCUCAGACUCCCCGUGGGAGGGAAGGGCGGCAGUCUCGUGAGGCCCCGUUUGCAUGCUGAAGAAGUCACCAGCCUCUCCCACGCUGCUGGGUUGCAGAGGAGACCCUUUUCAGAGUGUCCUGGGUGAAGGUGGGGGAGGGGUGCCCUGUCCUGUAGGUUGUAGCUGUGAAUCCUCUCGACCCGCCCGUGUGCCCGCCUUGUCAGUCUGAUUUUUAAAAGGGGAGCAAGUGCCAUCACCCAACGAGGCUUUCGUUCUGUCCUUAGGUAACAGGGGCAGGGGUGAUAUUUAAAGGAGGUUUUGUAACCCUGUAAAACAAUGACUUAGGAAAUAACACAUUCCGAUGUACACAGAGACUCCCA